CGCACGCCGUUGGCAACACAGCUGCAGAGCCACUUCGUGAUGAAAGCAACGUCGUUCUGAUCCUGGAGCGAGAUCGCAAACAUGGCAGACACCGAGAAGGACUUGCAGCACGUCGGGCAGGACAUGGAGCGAAUUCAGCUCGACGACGAUGACGUAUGGCACGAGACGGAGGGCGUACCGCGUCACAGCGACCCCUUCAUCCAACAGUAUCUAAACGGUCGAGACGCGCUCGUAGAGCAGGAGAAGAAGCAGAGAAGCGAUCGCUUCUUUCGGGAGAACCUGUCGGGCGUGGCGUUUGAGGCAUGCUCCAUCGUGGACCAGAUCCGCUUCGACGAAGCGCAGACGCUGUGGACGCGCGAGUACGAGGACGACCUGAUCAGGACGACGCACGCGGGCGACGUGUACCCGGGCAUGAUGUUCUCGCUUGCCAAGGACCGGAUGGAGAAGAGCAAGCUGUGGAGGAUCGUCCGGCGGAUGCCAAAGGGCGCGCUCCUGCACUGUCACUUCGAGGCCAUGAUCGAGGUCGAGUGGAUCCUCGAGCGCGCCUUCGAGCUGAAAGGUGUGGGCAUCAAGUGCGCGACCAGCCUGGACAGUCCGGAAGCGCGGCUGAAGGCUCCGUUCGAGUUUGGAAAGCCGGCGACCCUGCCCGCCGAAGCCGCCUCGAUCUGGUCGUCGUCGUACCAGCCCGACACAUUCGUGCCCCUCGAGACGGCGGCCGAAACGUUCCCGCUGGGAGGCCGGUCGGGCUUCGUCGCCUGGGUGCAGUCACGCUGCACCAUCACGCCCGAGGAGUCCAUCUCGCACCACCACGGCAUCAACCAGAUCUGGGUCAAGUUCCUCUCCACGUUCGGCAUCGUGAGGACGCUCAUAUACAUCGACGAGAUCUUCCCACAGUACGUGCGGCGGCUAUGCGAGCAGCUGCACGCGGACAACGUGCUGUGGGCGGACGUGCGGGCGCUCUUCUACCGACCGGACAAGACGACCGACGACGAGUACUUCAUCAGGAAGCUGCGCGAGUUCGACGACGUGAUCGAGCAGUACAAGAGCAGCCCGGAGGGCGCCGAGUUCUGGGGCAUGCGCAUGAUAUGGACGACGGCGAGGAUAUUCGACAAGCGCGACAUCAUCAACUCCAUGAAGCAGUGUAUCGCGGUCAAGAAGGCCCUACCGCACGUCAUCGCCGGCUUCGACUUCGUGGGCCAAGAAGACCUGGGACGGCCGCUGGCGGACCUGGUGCCGGAGAUCUUCUGGUUCAAAAAGCGGUGCGUCGAAGAGGGCGUGGAGAUACCCUUCUUCUUCCACGCGGGCGAGACGCUCGGCGACGGCGACGCCACGGACGAGAACCUGUUCGACGCCGUGCUGCUGAACACGCGCCGCAUCGGGCACGGCUUCUCGCUCUUCAAGCACCCGCUGCUGAUCGACAUGGUCAAGGAGAAGCGCAUCCUGGUCGAGAGCUGCCCCGUCAGCAACGAGGUCCUGCGCCUGACCAGCUCCAUCCUCGCCCACCCGCUGCCGGCCCUGCUCGCCCGCGGCGUGCCCGUCGCCCUGUGCAACGACGACCCGGCCAUCCUCGGCCAGGGCACCACCGGCGUCUCCCACGACUACUGGCAGGCCCUCCAGGGCUGGGAGAACCUCGGCCUCGCCGGCCUGGGCUCCCUCGCUGAGAACUCCGUCCGUUGGGCCGCCUUCGAAGACUGCACCCAGAAGGAGUGGCUGCUGCAGAUCAAGCUCGGCGCCGCCGGCAAAGGCGUUCGGGCCGAGAGGCUGAAGCUGUGGAUCAAGUCGUGGGAGCAGUUCUGUCAGUGGGUCGUGGACGAAUACGGCGCCGACGAGAACUUCGAGGUCGACGACGAGGAAGCGCAAUAGACUCGGCUUCAGCGUUCGAACUCGACUUUCUUUCCCGCUCGUACAGUAGCAGUAAAAAGAAGUGCACCAAUAUUGACUACAGCAACGACAAUGAUGAUUACGGCCUGAAAAAGAACGAAAAGAAAGCGCGGCGUGUGGCAGGAAAGAGCCUUUUUCAACAAGCAGGUUUGGCGUUCCACGUUUGGAAGAGAGAGAUGGGAGAAAAAAAAAAGGCGAAAGAGGGUCACAUAAGAUAGGUAACAUCUUCAACGUGUACCAGUGUAGACAAAUGUCGUCAUCUUAUUUGCGCAUACAUCUUUUCUUUGCCUCCGACUGACCGUCCACCGGGGCAUUAGUCGCCUUCAUCGUGUUGCCAAAAGCUAUCUCUCUAUGUACAUGUAGAAUAUAGAUCUCAUGAGUGCCGCGCCGUAUAUUCCAAUUGAAGUGUGAAAAGC